AUGGCGUGUGGCAGCAGGAGGACCAUGCAGCUGGUGAACGAGGAGGCAGGGCCUGGAACCAAGGGCCCAAAGCCCUUUCGGGGCCAGAACUACAAAGCAAUCCGAGCAGCCUGCCUGGAUGAGGGGAUCCUGUUCCGAGAUCCCUACUUCCCUGCUGGCCCUGAUGCCCUUGGCUAUGACCAGCUGGGGCCCGACUCGGAGAAGGCCAAAGGGGUGGAAUGGAAGAGGCCCCAUGAGUUUUGCGCUGAGCCCCGGUUCAUCUGUGAGGACAUGAGCCGAACAGACAUGUGUCAAGGGAGUCUGGGUGACUGCUGGUUUCUUGCAGCUGCUGCCUCCGUCACUCUGUACCCACGACUCCUGUCCCAGGUGGUCCUCCCGGGACAGAGCUUCCAAGAUGGCUAUGCAGGCGUCUUCCACUUCCAGCUCUGGCAGUUUGGCUGCUGGGUAGACGUCAUGGUGGACGACAGGCUGCCUGUGCGUGAGGGGAAGCUGAUGUCCGUGCGUUCGGAUCAGCGGAAGGAGUUCUGGGUCCCACUCCUGGAAAAGGCCUACGCCAAGCUCCAUGGCUCCUAUGAGGUGAUGCGAGACGGCCACAUGAAUGAGGCUUUCGUGGACUUCACAGGCGGUGUGGGUGAGGUGCUCUACCUGAGGCAGGACACUCUAGGCCUCUUCUCUACCCUGUGCCAUGCCCUGGCCAAGGAGUCCCUCGUGGGAGCCACUGCCCUGAGUGAUCGGGGCAAGUACCGUACAGAAGAUGGGCUGGUGAAGGGACACGCAUAUUCAGUCACAGGCACACACAAGGUGUCACUGGGCUUCACCAACAUGCAUCUGCUGCGGCUGCGGAGCCCACGGGGCCGAGUGGAGUGGCCUGGGGCCUGGAGUGACAGCUGCCCACGCUGGGACGCGCUCCCCGCUGAGUGGCGAGAUGCCUUGCUGGUGAAAAAGGAGGAUGGCGAGUUCUGGAUGGAGCUGCAGGACUUCCUCUGCCACUUCGCCACCGUCCAGGUCUGCUCGCUGAGCCCUGAGGUGCUGGUCCCCAGCCUGGCUGGAGGCGGCAGGCACAUCCACACCUUCCAAGGCCGCUGGGUACACGGCUUCAACUCUGGCGGGGGCCAGCCUGGUGCCGAAACCUUCUGGACUCACCCCCAGUUCCGGCUGACGCUGCUGGAGCCUGAUGAUGAGGAGGAGGAGGAGGAGGAGGGGCCCUGGGAGGGCUGGGGGGCAGCAGGGUUGCGGGGCCCCGCACUGGGGGGACGCACCCCCAAAUGCACUGUGCUCCUGUCACUCAUCCAGCGCAACCGGCAGCGCCUGAGGGCCCAGGGCCUCACGUACCUGACCAUGGGCUUCCACGUGUUCCAGAUCCCAGAGGAGCUGCAGGGCCUGUGGGACUCCCUGCGCAGUGGUCGCGCGCUCUUGCGGGGCCUGCCGCGCGCCGACCGCUCGCCCUUCUGUGCCCGCCGCGACGUGAGCCGCUGCUGCCGCCUGCGCCCCGGCCACUAUCUGGUGGUAGCCAGCGCCGCCCGCGCCAGCGACGAGGCCGACUUCACGCUGCGCGUGUUCUCCGAGCGCCGCCACGCCGCAGUGGAGAUAGAUGAUGUGAUCAGCGCCGACCUGCGUGCCCUCAUGGUCCCCUACAUUCCCCUGGAGCUAGAGAUGGAGCAGCUGUUUCACGAGCUGACAGGAGAGGAGGAAGAACUCAAUGCCCCUCAGCUCCAGACCUUAUUAAGCAUUGGAGCCUGUGCCUUUUUUUUUUUUCCUGUAGCCAGGGCCCAUGCACGGACUCCCAGAGGAAUCGGGCUCAGGACCUGUGAGCAGCUGCUGCAGCGUUUUGGGUAUGGGCGAAGCCUCGAUCUGUACCACUUCCAGCAGCUCUGGGGCCACCUCCUGGAGUGGCAGGCCACAUUUGACAAGUUCGAUGAGGACGCCUCUGGAACCAUGAACUCCUAUGAACUGAGGCUGGCCCUGAACGCAGCGGGCUUCCACCUGAACAACCAGCUGACCCAGGCCCUCACUAGCCGCUACCAGGACAGCCGUCUGCGCGUGGACCUCGGGCACUUCGCGUCCUGCAUGGCCCAGCUCAUCUCCAUCUUCCGCCACUGCAGCCAGCACCUGGAUGGGGGCGAGGGGGUCGUCUGCCUGACCCACAGACAGUACGUAAAAGUAGCAACAGUUACCCAUUAAAGGUUGUGUAUUUACUUUAAUGGGUAUUAAGAAAAAAAUGUACAACUAGCCUGCAAUCUCAUUGUACGCAACUAACAAUAUAUUCAAGAAAAAAAAAGUGAGCUGAUUAGGGAAUGGGUAUGAUUAUUGCAAUGACUGAGGUUGGAAACACUAAGCUGAUACCGUAGUUCCCGGCCCCCUGCCCCUUAUUCCCUCUCUUCAGCCCCAGCAUUCCUGCCUCCUGGGGUCCACACUUGGAUACGCUUAGCAGCAGGCUCCUAGGGAGUCAGUGCACAGGGCUGGGGGAACAACUAUGGGGAGGAACACGACAUGGGAACCAGGACACAGGGAUUGUGUCGCCUGCCUGGUGAGCCAGACGGGCAGGCAGGAUACAGGGGCCGGGGGAGGGGAGCAGGCAAGGGCUGGAGGAGGAGCCAGGCUGUGCUUCACACAGGGACCAGGCGGCCCAGGCUCCAGUCCUAUCUCACUCCCUAGCUGUGUGACCUUGGGCAGGCCCCUUGGCCUCUCUGUGCCUCAGUUCCCAUUCUGUAACACAGGAUCGCUGGGGGAUUAAAUGACUCAGACUCAUCUUCGGGGGAAUGGACAGCACCCCAAACAGCCCUCCCUUUCUCCUCCAGGGCUACUGUACAGAAAGCUGCCUCAGGGACCGCCUGUUUCCCGGCUCAGGGUAAUGGGUUUCACAUGGCUGUUCCCAGUGCCUGAGAAGUGGGCUGGCCUAGGAUUUCCUCCAAGUCUGUUUCCCACCGGCUUCCAGGAGCUCGCCUGUCAAUGGGGGGUGGGGGUGGGGACCUGCCCAUGUCCCACCCCACAACCCCUGAGGGUGGUGGACGUCUGCGUCUGUGACCUCACUCUCCUCGGCCUGGGCAGGCCAGGUACAGGGGCUCGAUCCUAGGGGAGCUGCAGGACCCCAAGGGGUGCCCCCAAAAGUGCUCAAUGGGGACGCCGUGUCCCUGGUACUGUGAAGGCCCAGUGGUACUUCUGCCUCUGGGUGAGCAAAUGGGGAGCCCCCAGAGCAGGUGGGCAGCGUGGAGGGCGUGAGUCAGGGAGGAAGCCAGCCCUGCCCGGCGUGGGGCUCCACCAGGCAUCACUGCUAGGCCCCAGCCUUGCAGGAACAAGAACUUUGCGGGUGACUGUGACAGGGUAGGGGGUGUCUGUGGAAAGGGCAGAUCCAGCCAAGGAUCCUAUUUUUGAGCAGACGGCUAUUUUGGGAGCCCUGCCGCCCUCCAGGGCCUGUGGAUUUUCCAUGAAGUAAUGGCCUGGGCCUCCCACUCCCUGGGCCCUGCUUGCUGCUGGCCGCUGUGCUGGUGGAAUAAGGCCCCCUUUCACUGGCUCUGGAGGCUCAGUGUACUAAUUGUGUGCACAAGUUUAUCUGACUGGGGUGGGGAAGGGAGGGCAGAGAACCGACUGCCUGGAAGCUCUUACAAUAAGUGUAUUCUGAGCAGGAGAGGGAAGGGGCCGGGCAGAACAAUGGGCUCUCUGUGCAGCCAGAUUCCCUCAGGGAGCAGCGGGUGGGAGCGGUGGGGGCUAGGCCGCCCACCACAUCAGGGGGCCAGGGGGUCUCCUUGGUGUGGCAGGCAGAGGAGGGGGAGCCCCAGGGACCCCAACAGCCUGAGGAAUCAGGACAAGGGGUCAGAGACCUCCCUUCUGCUGGAGAAUCUAGAUCCCACUGUUUCUCAUCUAGGGUAAAGACAAGGUGGGCAAAAGGCAUCAUCCUGUAAGGCUCUUCCCUGGCAUCUGAAAGGAGGGUGAGAGGGUGGAAAGGGCUGGGGGACCCCAUUCCACCACUGCCCCACCGCUGCUCUGGACUGGGUGCUGGAGGGGAAGCAGGUGACGGGGGACCACGAGC